AUGAGGCUGGCCGGGCGAGAGGCGCUGCUGGCGGCGCUGCUGCUUCUGACACAGCUGCGCCCGGGGAGCGGCCAGUGGAGCCCCGAGGAGGCGGCGGCGGCGGCCAGUGUCCCGGACCCCAGUCUGCGCUGGAGCCCCGGAGCUCGGACCCAGGGCGGCGGGGCCCGCGCGCUCCUCCUGCUGUUGGCGGAGCGCUUCCCGCACCGCGCGGGGCCCGGCCGGUGGGGAGCUGCGACCACGGGCGGCGGCGAGCGGCCGCGGCGGGAGGACCCUCCGCUGUCCAUCGACCUCACCUUCCACCUCCUGCGGACGCUGCUGGAGCUGGCGCGGACGCAGAGCCAGCGGGAGCGCGCCGAGCAAAACCGCAUCCUCUUCGACUCGGUGGGCAAGUGA